CACUUCCGGCCUUCCGCAAGCAACCAACUGUAAUUCGUAGACUCUACUAUCAGCAUGUCAGCCAAGUACGCCCUGAUCUUUGCCGUUGCGGCACUCUGCUGCCUGGUGGCCAGCACAGAGGCGGCGGCCCAGCGCAGCCGAGUGCUCAGCACUAAGCGCGGCUCCGAGCUGGUCGAGCGGACUGCCGACAGCAAGGAGGAGACCGAAUUGGCAGCACAGCAGCAGCAGCAACAGCAGCAGCCACAGGAACAGCAGCCUGAGGCGGAGGAGGGCAGCGAGCUGGCUGGCCGCAGCGAGGACGAUGUCGCCCAAGCUGACAACAAGCUGGAAACCGACCAGGAAAAGGACACCAUUGUGCGACCCAACAAGGACGAUGCCCGUGCCCGCCGCACUGUUCGUGCCGGCCGUCGUCGUGGCGGACGUCGCGGCGGUCGUCGUGGUGGACGCAGGAGCGGCGGACGCAGGCGUGGCGGUCGUCGUGGUGGACGCAGGCGUGGUGGUCGUCGUGGCGCCCGUGGCGGUCGCCGCACCUCCGUGAAGCGGCGCUCCGGCAAGGGCAACCGUGGAUAA